GUAAAUUACUAGUCGUAGAUGGAAUAGGGCAGUGAGCCGUCUAUAUCAUCAAUUAUUGUUUGUUAAUAUGACAAAGACUAACGAUAAGAAGAAUACUGAAAAAGGGUUUCUGUCUACACCCACUGGAUGUGGCUUGUUGAUAUUCUUUAUAAGUGGCUUAAUGCAUGACUUUAUGAUUGCAGCAGUAGCACGAAGAAUUACUUUUGAAAUGACAGCAUUUUUCUUAAUACAUGGUAUUGCAGUUGGAUUAGAAGUAAAGCUUCGCAAAGGAAGUUAUAAAAGAGAUCCAACAGGUUGUAAACGGGUAGUUUGUAACUUGUUAACCUUACUAUUCUUUGUGAUAACCGGUAGACUAUUUUUAAGCCCCAUUCUUCGACAGGAAGCAUUCUUACGAAUAGCACAACAAUUUUAGAUUUCAGACCACUUUUAUAUUGUAAUAAAGAUGAUAUUUUACAUUCAACUUUUAUUCUAUUUUAAUUUCGUUCUAAAUCAGU